GUCACGUUCCAGAGCCUCGGGGUAGCGCUGAGAUCCAUCUCAUCCCACUCUCUGUGCUUGCGCAUCCCUGGCUGGCACCUUUCCUUGGCCACAGUGCGAGGAUCCCCCAGACACCUGCUGCUCCUUCUGGAAGGACCACUUCCUGAGUGCCUGUGGUGGGGUCCUGAGACCUGCAACCCUGCAGGCCUUUUGGAGGGCGACAGAAGAGGUUCCGGGCAGGCGAGGGAAAGAGGGAAAGUAGCCAGCCAUGUCGAACAGAACGUACAACCAGAUGUGGCGCCAGACCCAGGAAGCCCUCAAUUCCCUGCUGGACAAAGAGUCUCAGAAGAGGGCGGAGCCUCCCAGAAGCGAAGUGUUCAUCUUCCAGAUGCUAGCCACCUUCUACAUCAAGUACGUGCAGAUCUUCCGGAACCUGGAGGACGCCUACGACCAGAUGGUGCACCCGCAGAAGCGAAUCCUGAUCCGGAAGGUCCUGGACGGGGUGAUGGGGCGCAUCCUCGAGCUGAAGAAUGAGAUGGUGGAGCUGGAGCUGGCCGAGUUCCACUACUUUGACGAUAUCUUGCAGGACCUGAAGUUGACUCCGCAACAACUGGAUAUUCCCAUACCCAAGUAUUUCUUGAAGGAGAAGGUGGAAGUCAUAAAGGAGCGAGAGAAAAUCCUGGCCCAGAUCCUGGCCGACUCCGGAGUAGGCCUGCCCAUGGUGAAAUCCCCUUCCAGGACUAUGCCCCUAGAAGACGCGGUGAAAACGAUCCAGACGGCGGAGCGGGCGCGGCAAGGCCGCCUGAGGGCGCUGUUCAUGAAGCACAUCUUCCUUCAAGAGUUCAAAGUCAGGCACUCCCGGAUCAUUGGCGAGAGAAUAGCGGAUGUGGGGGCCGCCGCCCUGCAUAUCCAGAAGGUGUGGCGAGGCUUCCAUCAGUGCCGGAAAACCAAGCUGGAGAGAGAGGAUGAGAUGGUGUUCCUGGGCAUGAACCCACCGCGCCUGCUCGACAACCUCAGCGACGCGAUGGUCCAGGCCCAGAGGGUGGCCUGCCUGCGGAGCUCUGUGCAGAGCAAGCACGAGGACAACUACCGCGAGGCGCUGGUGGCCAUCAAGGCCGACCUGAAGCUGACCGAGGGCCCGGACAUCAAGGAGAACCUCCAGGACCAGAUCCGGCGCUGGUUCAUCGAGUGCAGGAACCUGACCGGCAGCUUCCCCGAGUACCCGGACGCAGAGGACGGGGGCUCCGCCGUCAUUUUCUCCAACAAGACCCCCCAGCAGGUUAUUGAAGAUAUCAUUGCGAGCCAAGAAGAGGAAGAAAAAAACAAAAAGAAGAAAAAGAAGGCCAAGGAAAAGAAAGCCAAAAAAAGGGAGGAAAAGAAAGGAAAGAAAGAAAAAGAUAAGGAAGAAGACGAGGAGUGGAAGAUGUCCCCCAGCGUGUUCCUCCCGGCGCUCGAGGAAGGGAACAGCGUGUACAAAGACUUCUGGAAGAACAAAGACGAGUCGUGGAAUUUUGCCCAGGACUACGACCCAGAGAUGAUCAAGGAGGAGAAGCGGAAGGAGCUGGAGUCGGAGAUCCGGGUGCAGGUGGAUGAGCUCAUGAGGCAGGAACUGAAAAACCUAAAGCUGGCUGUGAACAGGGAGAAGGAGCUCCCGGCCAGAGGGAAGAAGAAGAAAGGAGGUAAAAAUAAGAAGAAGGGGAAGAAAGGCAGGAAAGGGAGAAGGGAGAAGGAUGGAGACCUGACUGCCGACAGGACCAUCGAGUCCCUGUACAAGGAGCUGGUGGAAGAGGGGCUGCUGGUCCAGGCCCUGAAGGUCAGCCUCUCGGACUACAUCGGGGAGUACAGCUACCUGGGGACCACGCUCCGCCAGGUGUCGGUGGAGCCCAUGCCCUCCCUCCUGGACGUCCGGCAGCUCGUCACCCUGUACGGGAUCCUGCCGCUCGGCUCCGCGGAGGUGCACGCGAAGGCGCCCCUGGUGAAGUCCCUGCUACUGGCCGGGCCCGCGGGCGUCGGGAAGAAGAUGUUGGUGCACGCCAUCUGCAGCGAGACGGGGGCCAACCUCUUCAACCUGUCCGCAGACAACAUCGCGGGCAAGUACCCCGGCAGGAGCGGCCUGCAGAUGAUGCUGCACCUGGUCCUCAAGGUGGCCCGGCAGCUGCAGCCGUCCGUGGUGUGGAUCGGAGACACGGAGAAAACCUUCUACAAGAAAGUCCCCAACACCGAGAGGAUGAUCGAACCGAAGCGCCUGAAGAAGCAGCUCCCCCGGAUCCUGAAGCUCCUGAAACCCAACGACAGGAUCCUGAUCGUGGGGACCACCUGCCGCCCCUUCGACGCGGAGCUGCAGUCCUUCUGCCGGGUCUACCAGAAGAUCAUCCUGGUCCCCAGGCCGGACUACGCGUCCAGAUACGUCUUGUGGAGACAGAUCAUCCAGCGCUUUGGCGGGGUCGUCACCAACACCCUGAACAUCAGCUGCCUGGCCAAGGUCAGCGACGGCUUCACGCAGGGCCACGUGGUGCAGGCGGUGCGGAGCGUGCUCACGGACCGCAGGGUGCGGCAGCAGCUGCGCAAGCCGCUCGUGGCCGUGGAGUUCGUGGCGGCCCUGAGCAGCCAGAGCCCCGUCUACCAGGAGGAGGAGGACAGCUUUAAGAGCUGGUACGCCAAAACCCCCCUGGGGAAGAGGCGGGCCUUGGCCCUGCAGGGCGGGACCCGGAGCAAGGCCAAGGAAAAAGGAAAGAAGGGAAAGAAAGGGAAGAAGGAGAAGAAGAAAAAGUAG